CCAACGAAACGAAAUAUGACGCAUAUUUAUUCACACAUUAAAGUCAGCGAAUAGAAGGCUGGCUUCGUUUGACGUUUUUUUAAAUAAACAAAAUUUACAUGCCCAGUAUCGUAUUAUAUUUUUCACUUAUUUAGCAAGUAAAUAUUUUUUUAAAAUCUAUAGUUGUAAGUGAGUAUAUGUAUAUCGCGUGGCAACAUUCUGUGGUCACUUAGUUUGAAACAUCAUGGCAGCGGAUCAAGAACAAUUUCACCAGCUUUUGAAUACGCUAUUAUCGACUGAAAAUGAAGUCAGGACAAAAGCUGAGGAGGCUUAUUCAAAUAUGCCUGUGGAAACCAAGGUGACAUAUUUGUUGGGAGCUAUACACAAUGGGCAAAUGACUGAAGAAGCACGUACAAUGGCAGCUGUGCUGCUCAGACGUCUAUUUUCCUCUGAAUUUAUGGAUUUUUAUUCUAAGAUACCAGUUGAAGCACAAGCACAAUUAAAGGAACAAGUUUUACUAACAAUACAACUUGAUCAAUCAGUACAAAUGCGACGUAAGGUAUGUGAUGUUGUAUCAGAAGUUGCACGGAACUUGAUUGAUGAUGAUGGGAACAACCAAUGGCCUGAGUUUUUGCAAUAUCUUUUUCAAUGUGCAAAUGCACCUAAUCCACACUUGAAAGAAGCAGCUUUAAGAAUGUUUACGUCUGUGCCUGGUGUUUUUGGCAAUGAACAGCCAAGAUAUUUAGAUUUGAUCAAGCAAAUGCUACAGCAGUCGCUGAUGCCUGAUUCUGGCUAUGAUGUCAGGUUUCAAGCAGUCCGAGCAGUAGGAGCUUUUAUAAUACUACAUGAUAAAGAUACUGUGAUACAUAAACACUUUGCUGACCUCUUACCUGGAUGUUUGCAAGUACUUGCUGAGAGUAUUGAGAAACAAGAUGAUACAGCCUUGUUGAAAGUAGUAAUUGACUUAGCAGAAUCUACACCAAAGUUUCUUAGAUCCGAAUUGGAAUCUAUAUUCCAAAUGUGUAUGAAGGCAUUUGCUGAUACCAAUAUGGAUGAUUCAUGGAGACAGUUGUCUCUUGAAGUUAUGGUUACAUUAUCUGAAACAGCACCUGCAAUGGUUCGUAAAGUGACUGGAAAGUACGUUGUAGCCUUAGUUCCACUUGUUUUGCAAAUGAUGUGUGACAUAGAUGAUGAAGAUGACUGGGCCAUAUCAGAUGAAAUCAUUGAAGAUGAUAGUGAAUGUAAUAAUGUUGUUGCUGAAUCAUCACUGGACAGAUUGGCUUGUGGACUUGGCGGUAAAACUAUGUUACCUUUGGUAAUUCAAAACAUACCACCUAUGUUAAGCCAUGCAGACUGGAAACAAAGGCAUGCCGCUUUAAUGGCUAUCAGUGCUGUUGGAGAAGGUUGUCAUAAACAAAUGGAAUCUAUGUUGGAUGAAAUUAUGAAUGGAGUGCUCAACUUCUUGCAAGAUCCACACCCACGAGUUCGAUAUGCUGCUUGCAAUGCUAUUGGUCAAAUGUCAACAGAUUUUGCUCCAGUCUUUGAAAAGAAAUUCCACAGCAAAGUUGUGCCUGGAUUACUUAUGGUAUUAGAAGACAACAUGAAUCCCAGAGUUCAAGCACAUGCUGGUGCAGCUUUAGUUAACUUUAGUGAAGAUUGCCCAAAAAAUAUUUUGACCCAAUAUUUAGAAAGUAUAAUGGCUAAACUUGAGGCUAUUUUAACUGCCAAAUUUAAGGAGCUAGUGGAGAAAGGCACAAAAUUAGUUCUAGAACAAGUAGUUACUACAAUAGCAUCAGUAGCAGAUACAUCUGAGAAGGAGUUUGUGGCAUAUUACGAUAGACUCAUGCCUUGUUUAAAAUAUAUAAUUCAAAAUGCAAACACAGAUGAAUUGAAAAUGUUGCGGGGAAAGACCAUUGAGUGUGUUAGUCUUAUUGGUUUGGCUGUCGGUGCAGAGAAAUUCAUGCGUGAUGCCAGUGAGGUGAUGGAUAUGCUCCUAAAAACUCAUUCAGAAGGAGAGCUGCCUGAUGAUGAUCCUCAAACAUCAUAUUUGAUAUCAGCAUGGGCAAGAAUAUGCAAAAUUUUAGGUAAGCAAUUUGAACAAUAUUUGCCACUUGUUAUGGGUCCUGUAAUGAGAACAGCCUCCAUGAAACCUGAAGUAGCUUUAUUAGACAACGAUGAUUUGCAAGAAGUUGAUGGUGAUGAAGAUUGGCAAUUUGUCAAUCUUGGAGAGCAACAGAACUUUGGUAUAAGGACUGCAGGUUUGGAAGAUAAAGCAUCAGCUUGUGAAAUGUUGGUUUGCUAUGCAAGAGAAUUGAAAGAAGGUUUUGCUGAUUAUGCAGAGGAAGUAGUUAAACUGAUGGUUCCCAUGCUUAAAUUUUAUUUCCAUGAUGGUGUCCGGUCAGCAGCUGCAGAAUCAUUGCCUUGUCUAUUAGAUUGUGCAAAAAUCAAAGGUCCCCAAUAUUUACAAGGGAUGUGGUUAUACAUUUGCCCAGAACUGAUAAAGGCUAUUGAUACUGAACCGGAAAAUGAAGUCACUGUUGAAUUAAUGCAUUCCUUAUCAAAAUGCAUAGAAACACUGGGAGCUGGAUGUUUAUCAGAAGAACAUAUGAAAGAUAUAUUAACAAUUAUAAAUAAAAUGAUGAAUGAACAUUUUGAAAGAGCAACCGAAAGAUUAGAAAAACGGAAAGAUGAAGAUUAUGAUGAGGUUGUAGAAGAGCAAUUAUGUGAUGAAGACUCAGAUGAUAUUUACACAUUAUCCAGAGUUGCAGAUGUGAUCCAUGCUUUGUUUUUAUCUUACAAGGCUACUUUUAUACCGUACUUUGACCAAGUUUGUGGUCAUUUUGUUAAAUUACUCAACCCAGAUGGCCCAUGGUCUGAUAGGCAAUGGGGUCUAUGUAUAUUCGACGAUGCAAUUGAAUUUGCUGGACCCUUAUGUUCCAAAUAUCAAGAAUUUUUCCUAGCUCCUAUGUUGCAAUUUCUUAGUGACAAUUCAGCUGAAGUGAGACAAGCAGCUGCUUAUGGUUGCGGUGUCCUCGGACAGUUUGGUGGAGAACAAUUUAGCCAAGCCUGUGCUCAAGCAAUUCCUAGGUUGAUGGAAAUAAUAAAUGCCCCAAAUAGUAGAGCUCCAGAAAAUGUUAAUCCUACAGAAAAUGCCAUAUCUGCUGUCACAAAAAUAUUGAAAUUUAACUCGAGUGCAAUAAAUGUUGAUGACAUCAUCAUCCACUGGCUGUCUUGGCUGCCUGUUUCUGAAGAUGAAGAUGAAGCUGAAUACGUUUAUGGUUAUUUAUGUGAUCUAAUUGAAGCAAAUCAUCCAUUAGUUUUAGGACCUAAUAAUAAUAAUUUGCCUAAAUUAAUAACAAUAAUUGCUGAGGCCUUCUUUAGGGAUGCAAUCUCCAUUGAAAAUGAUGUUGCCAAACGAAUGGUGAAUAUUGUUCGACAAGUACAGAGCAAUCAAGAAAUGUUUAAUGCAUGUCUAUCAGUGUUGAACUCAUCACAACAAGAAGCCCUAUCUGAAGCAAUGAAAGCAACGCCAACAUCUUAAAGCAUUAUAUAUUUAACACAAAAACAUGGGUAUAAAAAUUCCUUCAUGAAUCAAUUUAUACAUUUAUUUUUAUACUGCGGUUGAAAUGAUAAAACCACUUUAGAAUAUUUAUUUAUUAAAUUUUUGUUAUAUUUAAACGCUUAACAAACAACAGUGUUGUUUCCAAAAUUAUC